CACCUUUUUCCAUCUUUUACUUUUGUUACAACUUACACACUGAUUCAUCACACCCAAAACAUAAUCUUUAUCAUGUCUGUGUAAUUCACUAAUUUGUCGUGAUAUUUCUUAAACUGAUUGCAAAUCUAGUUGUAAUCAGGGUUUUUUCGUGGAUACUGUUGAAUGACGAGUGCUUCCAAGUUAUUUCACAACAGAAGGAUUCGGUUUGGUGUUCACAACAACGCCGUCGACGACAAAGACUCAGAUUCCUCACCAGCUAAAGGAAAUUCCUCCCGCCACAUCACAAAUCGCCGGCAUCACAAUCGCCGGAAUCUCGAAGGCUCUGACACUCCCUCUCGGCGUAUACACCGUCAUCGCCACUCGGAGCUAGUUCAGCUGGAAGCAGGUGGUAGUCAUGAUCACUCACCAUCUGGAAGCAUCAUCAAUUCAGAAGAUUUCAGAAGCAUACGCAGAUGGGGCACCACUGAAAACGAUAGGCUUCCAGGAGUUGUGUUACUUGCAAGGGAAAGACUCCUCGAAAGAUUGAGAGGUGUCCAUGUUUCAGAAAACAGUAGGUCUUCAUCCAGCCUUCAUGAAGAUGAUGACUUAUUGUACAAUGUCUACAAUAGCUUCAUUGAUGAACCAGUUUCGGGAGUAAUAGCAAUGCCAUCAUCAACAAGAAUACUUACCCCUGGACUUUCUCAAGAUGCCUUAAACUGCUUAUUGAUAAAGGUUUACAAAUAUGAUGAAAAAAUUAAUGAAAGCUCAAGUGCAUCAAGGGAGUGUAGUAUUUGUCUUGAAGGUUUUGAGGAAGGUGAUGAACUGAUAAACCUCCCUUGCAUGCACAGAUUCCACUCCUGCUGUUUGUUUCCUUGGGUUGAGGUUUGUGGGGCCUGCCCAAACUGUAGAAAAGUUGUGGUUAUAAGUAGCAACUAACUUGUUUCUUGAUUAUAUUUGUUGUGUAUUAAUAUCCUUGUCUUUACCUUCUAAUUCAUGAUCUUAAAUAUAGAAGAUUACAAUCCUAACAAAUAAGAGGAUAUCUUGUUUCCUAGCUUAC